CUCAUCUUCCAUCCAUUCUCUCCCCUCUAUUUCUCUCUCUCUAGAAAAGGUUUGGAGAAAAGGUUGGCUUGAAAAUCAGUGUGGGCUUGAUUGGGUGAGAGAAUAGUAGGAGUAGGGAGUAGUAGUAAUAGGAAAUUUAGAGGAAGAAUGACAACACCUUUGAGGCCAUUGUUGCCUCUUCUCUCUGCUUUUUGCCCUUCAGAUUUCUCCAGCUCCUCAAUGCUCCUCCACACUACAAACCCUAGUCGCUUUCACAUUUAUGCUCUCUCUACUUCUCCUUCUUCUGCUUCAUCAUCAUUUGACUCUUUCAGACGAUGCUUUGGCCGAAACAAAUCCCACCAUAAUUUGUCCUAUCCCUCUAAAACCCAUGCGUGGCUCUGUGGAUAUGCCAAAAGAGAUCAAAACGACGACAGUUUGAGCAUUGAAGACCAGAAUCAUCUGCAAAUGUUUGGUUCUGAUGAAGAAGUCACUACACAGAUUCCAACCCAAGCGCAAUCUGUUGUGGAAGGGUCAGGGGCAGGGGCAGUUCUGAUAUCGGAGUAUAAGCCUGCUCCGGAUGUGGAUUAUUUACAGGAGUUAUUAGCAAUUCAGCAACAGGGGCCGAGGGUGAUUGGAUUUUUUGGAACAAGAAAUAUGGGAUUCAUGCAUCAAGAACUUAUUGAGAUUCUUAGCUAUGCAAUGGUUAUAACGAAAAACCACAUUUUCACAUCGGGAGCAUCAGGGACUAAUGCAGCUGUUAUCAGAGGUGCUCUGAGAGCUGAGAAACCAGAGUUACUUACCGUGAUAUUGCCUCAAAGUUUGAAAAAACAACCUCCAGAGAGCCAAGAACUACUGUCUAAGGUCAAGAAUGUAAUAGAGAAGCCUCACAAUGAUCAUUUACCUUUGAUAGAAGCCAGCAGGUUAUGUAACAUGGACAUUAUUUCACAGGUUCAGCAAGUCAUUUGCUUUGCAUUCCAUGACAGCAGAUUGCUUAUGGAAACAUGUCAAGAAGCUAAAAAUAUGAGGAAGAUCGUGACUCUUUUUUACCUAGAUUGAUGGAGAGCAACAACUUUGUUCAUUUGUCUAUAGAUGGGUUAGAGAGAGAGAGAGAGAGAGAGAGGUUGCUUCUUUUUGUUCAUAGAUUAAAUUCAACAAACACAGAUUGCUGAGAUUUAUGUGCAGAUUGCUUCUUUUUGUUCAUUGGAAGAAGAGGGUAUUAAUUUUUAAAUUUAUUUCUUGCAAGUUGUAGAAAUUGUAGCCUUUGUAGGAAACAUACUGAACAUUAUGUGAUUUACAUGAUUCAUGGAUGUGUACAUUUAUGGAGUUUUUGGGAA